UAGUGAAUAUGGAGAGUGAGACUCCAGAUAAUAUAUUCGAGGAUAUGGAAAACGAAACUCCAGAACAAAUAUUCGAGGAGGAAAUACUGGAGGAGGUCUCUGAGAAAGUUACUGAGAAAGAAGUACCAGUUGAGGCAGUUCAGAAUGAGACACCUGACCAAGUUAAGGCAGUAGUAGAGGAAGCUGCAGAGAAUGUACCUUCAGAUUUUUUGUCUGAAGAAAAGCAUGUCGAGCCAGCAGUGCAAAUGGCUGGUCAAGAAGACGCUGAGAUUGCCGAUGAACAAACUGAAAUGACUAAGAAAGGAGAUGUAGAGGAGGCAGCGACUGAUCAAGACGUUUCUCCAUCCGAGGCUGAAGUGGAACCAGCAGAACCUGAGAAAGAGCCAGAAGAACAAAUUGUCACAGAAGCUAUAAAAUGUACCGAAGAAUCUGAGGAUCUAGCUGAAGUUGCUGAGACCGGACAUACCAUCGAGACAGCAGAUGUAGUUGUUCCUGAAGCUGUCCACGAAGCAACAGAACCAGCGGAGUCCCUCAGAACUGACGAGACUUUAGACAAGACCAGCUCAGACGAAGGUUCUGAUAAGCCUGCGUCUGAUGUGGAGAUGACUGAGCUGACAGCUAGUAGUGAUGAUGGUUCAGUUGGAGAGAUGCUAGGAGGGGAGGGUGAUGGUGACAUGGGUCCUGCCGAACCAGAGCUGAUGGAAGUUGAGGAGUGCGUAUCUCAAGAAGAGGAUCUUCAAAACCUGACUACAAUCGCCGUCUCAAUAAACGGCAACGUGGUACAAGCCGAAGUGAUCGAACAAGGAGAUGAAGCUGUGAUGGAGCCAGGGGAGGAGGCGGAUGAAGAGGAGGAGCAGGCCACGGUGGAGGAGAACCAACACGACGAAACGGAUAUUGUAACGGAGAUGCCGGAGACCACGACAGUGCCUCCCCAUCCUCGACCUCAGGUGUUCGCUGAGAUUAUUGAAGAAGAAAUCAUUGAGGAGGAAACUGUUGAGAUGAUAAACAACCGCGAAGAGAAGCAAAGACACCAGUCCGACGACAUUAUUACCUCUCUGGACGCACCAGCCCCUCACUCCACCACGUCUAGGAGGCUACAAGCUCGAGAAGAUGCAGCUAAACGGAAGGACGAGUCUAUGUUACUUUCCACUAAGAAGAUUAUCGACAGUACAGAUGAUGUGCUCCGCUCUGCACAGGCUCUUUUGAAGAGUACUGAGAAUAAAGAUGGAGUGGAAGAAUCAGCUGGAAAACAACCCAGCAGAUAUCCAGCUGGUGACAUUUAUCAGCCUCAGCCACGCGAAAAACGACAGAAGAAAAAGAAGUCCAAGCCUGAUCUCCAAAAAGAAAAGGAGAUUGACCCAGAUUACGAUCCUGAAGACGAUUUCGACGACAAAGAGUUCUUGUCUCCUAAAGAUCUUGAGUCAGCAGCUUUCGCAAGCAGAUUACCUGCCGAUCGUAUGACGAAACAGGAAGCCAUUAGUUUCUCUGAAAUUUUCAACGUGAAGGAUUCCCAAGCUCACUUUCUUUACAUUAGAAACAGACUGCUGUUUGUCUGGUUGGAAGACCCGAAGAACAAGCUCACUGUUGAAAACGCUCUGCCCAGAAUAGAGCCUCCUCACAACGAGGAUGAGGAGUUGGUAGAACGUGUUUAUGAGUAUCUGAACAGAUACGGGUUUAUAAACUUCGGAGUGUACGCCUCACCCAAACUCCCAGAACCCUCCUCGACCGCUCCUAAAGUUCUUGUUGUCGGUGCUGGUAUAUCAGGUCUUACAGCUGCAAGACAACUCCAAGAAUUCGGAAUUAACGUGGAUGUUAUCGAAGCUCGAUCCGUUGUUGGCGGCAGAGUUUGCACCUUCAAAGACGGAAACUACGUUGCAGAUCUGGGCGCAAUGGUGGUAACAGGCCUCGGAGGGAACCCACUGGCAGUGCUCGCCAAACAGCUGAACCUAGAAUUGAUGCCAAUAAAACAAGAUUGUCCGCUGUACGAAUUUACAGGACAGAUGGUUCCCAAAGAGCGUGAUGAGCGGGUUGAGAGGGAGUUUAACAGGCUGUUAGAGGCUACCACAUACAUGUCACACCAAUUAAAUGUGAACAGCAUCAACGGUAGGCCGGUAUCUCUUGGUCAAGCUCUGGAGAUUAUUAUUAAGUUGCAGAUUAGGCAGGUGAAGGAAAAGCAGCUGAAGCAUGGGCGUGAGAGGUGCGAGAUUCAGGAGAAGUUGAACCAUAUUCAGCAAGCAUUGUUCCCUCUUCACGAGAAAAUCAAAGACUCUCACUCCAAAUACUUGGAAUUAAAAAUGAAGCACGAGGAACUCUCAGACCAACUUGGUGAAGUUAUCCGGGACCAAAAGGCCGAGUUUGAAGUCAAAGCAGCCUACAAGGUCAUGUUGGAAACAUUCGCUGAAUACGACGCUCUCUUGAAAGAACAACAAGAGCUUGAGGUUCAGUUGACAAAAAUGGAGCAGAUGGUCCCCAAUGAGAUUUACAUGACCCCCCAGGAGAGACAUGUUUUAGAUUGGCAUUGUGCCAACCUGGAGUUUGCAAAUGCGGCCCCUCUCUCGGCACUAUCUUUAAAACACUGGGAUCAGGACGACGAUUUUGAGUUUACUGGAAACCACCUCGUUGUUCAUGACGGGAUGUCAACAAUAACAGAAGCAAUGUCCAAGGGUCUAAACAUUCGCCACAAUACCGCGUGUGUCGGCAUCAAAUACACGGACAGUGGAGUUGAAGUAGCGACAAGGGAAGUGAACCAAGUUAACAGCAGCUGGGCAACCAACACCACAAAUACCAUCACUGCAGAUGCUGUGCUGUUGACAAUCCCUCUGGGGGUUCUUAAGAAGGAGAAACUGAAGUUCGAUCCGCCUCUGCCUGAGUGGAAGACGUCUGCUAUCAAGAGGAUGGGAUUCGGCAACCUCAACAAGGUGGUAUUGUGUUUCAACAAGGUGUUCUGGGACCCGAGUAUCCAUCUCUUUGGUCAUGUGUCUAACAGCACCAUAUCACGUGGCGAGCUGUUCCUCUUCUGGAGCGUCUCUAAAGCUCCGGUUCUAAUAGCGCUAAUAGCGGGGGAGGCUGCCACUGUCAUUGAAACUGUUCCUGACGAAGCGAUAGUCGGCAGAGCCAUGACGAUCCUCCGAGCCAUAUUCGGUUUCCAGACUGUUCCUCAGCCCAGCAAACACCGAGUGACGCGCUGGAGAGGGGACCCCUGGGCCUUGGGGUCCUACUCUUAUGUUGCUGCUGGAUCUUCUGGUAGUGAUUACGACGAUCUGGCAAGACCUGUAGCUCCUCAAAAUGCGUCAGGAGCACAUCCCCGAUUAUUCUUCGCGGGAGAGCACACGAUCAGAAACUACCCGGCCACAGUGCACGGUGCUCUGUUAUCCGGGCUGCGAGAAGCUGGCAGGAUAUCCGACCAGUUCCUCGGUCCACCAUACUCUAAAGACACCACCGUCAACGUCACUACUCCAGCUCAAUGAGAGGAAGUUGUAGUUCAGUCUGAUUCUACUACGCGCUAUCACGUGACUAUAACAUCAAUGUCAGCUUGCUGUUCAUGAUCCACAAUGCUUUAACUCUUUGUAGACGCGUCUGUUUCAGAAGGAGACCUGUGCUUGCCGUCGUUAAAAUGUGUUAUUUAAGUACGAUUGCUAAGAUUAUACUGUAUAUGUUAUCGAGCAGUGAGUUUAUUUGAUAUCCAGAACUGGUUUAUAGAUCAGCAGGUUAUCUUAUGAUGAUCCCUUCUUCAAUUUUAAGCAGACGAUCGUCACGUGUCUAACAGCACCAUAUCACGUGUUGCAGGAUAAUCAUAUUUAGAUGAAAGACUUUCAAUCAAAUAUCCUUUUUAUCUUGUUAUUUGUUAACAGUCUUAAAUCUUUUACAAUGCAGGUAUUUGUGUUAUGUUAUUUUAUUGAGUUCCGUUAUGUUGUGUGGUGAUUACCAGUUACCACAUGACACUAGAUUUUGUGGUUCUCACUGGGCUAUAUGAGGAGUUUAUAGUUGGACAUGAUAGGAUUCUGAAACCAGUUCACGAUAUACCCAUAAAUUUUAAUCGUCCAGCGACCCGCAAUGUUUAAUGCUAUCAGAUAUGGUGUUUUCUUUUCGAAUCAUAUUAUCAUGUAUGAUGUAUAUCAUGUAUACAUAUUAACUAUGUAUCGAGGAAAUAACCAUAUUUGAAUCACAUACACUGCUAAGUUUUUCAAGUCUGGACAUGUUUUUAAAUUAUAUUGUUUAUGUAUUGACUGUUACUUUAAAAUUAAAUUGUCAACA